AUGUCCGACAUACCACCACCCAAGGGGUUCUAUUUCAAAUUGAAAGUUUCCGAGACUUUAUUCCCCAUUCAAGAUCAAAAAGGAACCCCAAGUUGUUGGGCACAAUCAGUGGCAUUUUUAGUCGGUUAUGAAUUGAAAAGGAAACAUAAGGAUAUACAAGACUAUAUAGCCUCUCCACAGCAUCUGAUUGACAAUCUUUACAAAGAAUCUAAUGCUGUAAAGUUUUUCAAAAAGGGGCCAAACAGUAACGAUCUUAUUCCGUGUUCAUUAGCGGAAAUGGAGUACUAUGAGUGUUCCGCUCGUCAUGCACUCAAUUACAUAAUGGUUAAUGGAAUUUAUUUAGAAAGCCAGUAUAAGUUUAAAGGCAAAACGAGCAACAAACGCAUGAUUUCGGGGGAAAGGAUAAGGAUUGAGAAAAUUCAAUAUUUCAGUUCCACUCCUUCAAAAAAUCAAGUCAAGAAAAUUCUACAAAAGGGACAUCCAAUUCUUGCGGAGAUCUAUAUGUCAGACAGCUUCUCAUCUCACCAUGGAGAGCACGUCUAUAGAACAGAUCCUGGAAAACCGGAAGAUGGAUUGCACUCAAUAGUGGUCAUAGGAACAGGGUACGAUAACGGAGAACUUUAUUGUGAAAUCAGAAAUUCGUGGGGCUCGGAGUGGGGAGCCGGAGGCAAUGCCAAAGUCUUGGCCAGUUUUGUCCACCUUGUGGGUUACAUAGAAGGUGCUUAUCUGGAGGAUGAAUGA